CCUUCGUUCACAUCGUCUCGCCUCAUCGGCGCGGCGCCGGAGUCGGGCGGCGCCGUCGAGUCACCUCCGCCGCAAGAGGCCUAGGUUCGCGUGCCGUGUGCCGCGCCUGGCGCUGGGGACUCUCUGGCGCAUGCGAGAUAUGUCUCUUGGCGGGCGUCGCUGCGAUGCGUGCGAAGCUGGAACAAGACAUUUGGCUCGAGUGUGCAAACCAGGAAGACAUGGUGUCGCUGCGGUGCGUUCGAAGCUGGAACGGGGACGAUUGGCUCAAGUGUGCAAACCAGGAAGGCAUUUCCUGCAAGGCAUGAGGAGCUUCAGGCAUACCGGCACCAACAGGAAUUAGGAAUAUGGAGGCAUCACGGCCGGGUGCGGUGGCGGUGGUGGUGGAUGAUGCGGUUAGUUAGCUGUUAAAACCGAACGCGCCAAGAGGUAGGCAUCAGGCAGGCAGGCCAAAGCUUACAUCACACUUUACACCUACCUUGCUCCGAGGUCUGUGAAUCAGGCAGGCACAGGCACACAACACAUAUGGCUGCCACUGCGGCUCUUUUGUACUAAGCUGGUAAACAAACAAACGGGUGAGGUGAUGAGGUCAUGACCUGGGGACGAGGGGAGGCCUACCAGCCUAACCUUUUUCUCACCAACUCAGCCUCUAGAAGACCGGCUUCCCGGAUCGAGCCUAUAAAAUCCAGCUCUCUCCUUCACCCACCUCUCCUACGCAGCUAUAGCUAGCACCCAACAACAACAACAACAACAACUUCCACUGCAAAACCCACCACCACAAAAAGGAAGGAGGAGGAGGAGCAGAGGGAAAGCAAAGUGUCUGUGUCUGUCACCGGCGGCAUCAGCUGACUCUGAGACAGUGAGGAGUCAGCCAUGGGGAGGUCGCCGUGCUGCGAGAAGGCGCACACCAACAAGGGCGCGUGGACCAAGGAGGAGGACGACCGGCUCACUGCCUACAUCAAGGCCCAUGGCGAGGGCUGCUGGCGCUCUCUGCCCAAGGCUGCGGGACUCCUACGGUGCGGCAAGAGCUGCCGCCUCCGGUGGAUCAACUACCUGCGGCCCGACCUCAAGCGCGGCAACUUCAGCGAGGAGGAGGACGAGCUCAUCAUCAAGCUCCACAGCCUCCUGGGCAACAAAUGGUCGCUGAUCGCCGGGAGACUGCCGGGGAGGACGGACAACGAGAUCAAGAACUACUGGAACACGCACAUCAGGCGGAAGCUGAUGAGCCGGGGGAUAGACCCGGUGACACACCGGUCGAUCAACGAGCAGCACGGGUCCAACAUAACCAUAUCGUUUGAGGCGGCCGCAGCUGCGAGGGAGGACAACAAGGGCGCCGUGUUCCGGCGAGACGAGCCCACCAAGGUGGCGAUCACCCAGGCCAACCACCACCAGAUGGAGUGGGGCCAGGGGAAGCCGCUCAAGUGCCCGGACCUGAACCUGGACCUCUGCAUCAGCCCCCCGAUCCAAGAGGAGAAGCCGGUGGUGAAGCGGGAGGCCGGCGUCGGCGUCUGCUUCAGCUGCAGCCUGGGCGGCCUCCCCAAGAGCACCGACUGCAAGUGCAGCAGCUUCCUCGGCUUCAGGACCGCCAUGCUCGACUUCAGAAGCCUCGAGAUGAAAUGAGCUUCCUUCUUCCUCCUUUGUGUUCUGUGACUUGGAUGUAGGUGAAAAUAGUUGAGUGAAAAGAGAGACAAGAAGAAAGGGCGAGAGGAGGAGGAUCUUGUGCGCCAAGAUCUUACUGCUCGAUCCCCUGCUCUAUCUUGUCGCUCCAUUUUGUUCGUCCCCGUGUAAUUACCGUUGACUAAUCAUAAGCAAUACCACCACCUGGUGCCGCUAGGUUACUGUA